AUGGCGGAUGCACUUCCUUCACCUCUUCCGGAGCCAUCGGCAACCCACGCCGCCUCCGUCUUCACCCCGAUAAACCUCAUCCUCCUCUCCCUCUUCGGCCUUCUUGUCUAUCUCCGGCUCAAACCAGCCGCCCCGCAAACCCUCCCACGCGCCCCGCCGCCAACCGUCUUCCGCACCUUCACCCCGCCCUCGCUCUUCCCCUACAAUGGCUUGAACAACAUGCCUGUCUAUCUCGCGGUUCGUGGCCGUGUCUUUGACGUCACAUCCGGCCGCAACUUCUAUGGCCCGGGUGGCCCCUAUGCAAACUUCGCUGGCCGCGAUGCGUCGAGAGGCCUGGCCUGUGGUAGUUUUGAUGAGGACAUGCUGACCAAGGAUCUGGACGGACCGCUCGACACUCUGGAGAAUCUGGAUGCUGAGCAGCUGGAUGCCUUGAGGGGUUGGGAAGAGAGAUUCGAGGAAAAGUACCUUGUUGUGGGCAAGUUGGUGCCUGUGGGCCAUCCGGAAGCCGAGGACGCUAAAGCAUAG